AUGAUUUCUACAAAACUGCGGCUGGCCCACCUGGCUUUGAGCAUCAUGACCAUGGGCUACGUGUGGCAGGAAGGGGAGGGAGAUCCAGUGAAGGCUCUCCCUCAGAACCUGGCGGUGCCAUUCUGGGCAGUUUCUCAGAAGCUGGGUUUACCACCCAUUCUCACUCAUGCUGAUGGGGUUUUGGCCAACUGGAGGAAAAGAGACCCAGAUGGGUAUAACGUUGAGAAUCUGGAGCUGCUGUUUCGCCUGCCAGGUGGGGAGAGUGCAAGAGGCUUUUUCGUGGUCACUCUGAUGGUGGAACUGGCCGCUGCCAUCCCUGAAGUGAUCAGUGGUGUUUAUGACGGUGACUUCGCUGUGGUGACCAGAGCUUUGGAAGUGCUCAGUCAAGCCAUAGACAGAAUGAAAGAGGCUCUUAAACUAAUGCACGUUUAUGUGGAUCCAUCUGGUAUUAUGAGGAUCUUUCUAUCUGGUUGGAAAGACAACCCGACAAUGGCAGACGGGCUGGUAUAUGAAGGGGUUCAGGCUGAGCCGUUGGAGUUUUCUGGUGGGAGUGCAGCUCAGAGUAGCCUGUUACACUGUUUCGAUGAGCUACUGGGAGUCAAGCAUGAGGAAAAGAGUGGUGCUUUCCUCACCCGAAUGCGAGAUUACAUGCCUCCUUCUCACAAACGCUUCAUCGAGGACAUCUCCUGCAUGCCCUCCCUGCGGGACUUUGUGCUAAAACGAAGGGAUGAGUCUCUAACAGAAGCUUUUGAUCGCUGUGUGGAUCGGCUGGUGGCACUGCGCAGUUACCACCUUAACAUUGUCUCACGCUUCAUCAGCAUCCCAGCGGCCCAUGCCAAAAAACUCUGUGCCGGUGGCUCAGCAUCACUGGAGGAACACAACACAGUGGGUAAAGCACCAAUCUCACUGGAAGAGAGAGGAACUGCUGGGUCAGGAAUCAUGAGCUUCCUAAAGGUAGUACGGGACCAAACAAAAAGUGUUUUAAUAUCAUCAUGCACUAUAGAGAAACAGACCUUCCUGGACUCAUCAAUUUAG